AUGGUAUCUGUGAAGGACGUGGUGAGAGUGGUCGAUGGGUUAUCUCUAGUGGCCAAGGAGGGCAUCAGCCGCUCAAAGGGCGCUCCCCUGAUCAAGAUCGCUGUCCUCUCCGCCGCAGACAUCGCCGGGAUCACCAAAGGAAAGCUCCGUACUCUGGAAAAACCCCAGACUGAUAGUAGCGGUAACGCUCACACAAAUGCAGGCGGCAGCAGCGUCGUCUACUUCACGGACGGCAAACCAGUGCCGGACGUGCUGGCCCCAAUCCCUAAACCCCCUGAAUCAGAAACAACUCCAUUAGGGCACUCGGUGGAUCGCAAACCAGUGCUCGAUGUGCCAUCCCAAAUCGACUCCAAUAGAGACGGUUCCCAGGCUUUGGUAGGUGCAGUUGGUCCCCCGAUUUCAAAUGCUGUGAAACCCGAGAAGCAGAGGAAGCCCAGGGAGAGGCGAGUCCCUUCGACCCCCUUCUCCCGAGCCAUAGGGUUUGCCGGACUUGGAGCUGGUCUUGCUUGGGGAACUCUCCAGGAAUCUGCUAAGCGGAUCAUGUUUGGUACACCUAGUGCAGAAAACAAUCAACACGCCCUUUCCCCAUACCUGUCUGAGAGAAAUGCUGAACGUUUAGCUCUUGCUUUAUGCAGAAUGCGUGGAGCAGCUCUCAAACUGGGCCAAAUGUUGAGUAUCCAAGAUGAAUCUCUUGUACCUGCUCCUAUCUUAGCAGCUUUGGACAUUGUCCGUCAGGGAGCAGAUCGGAUGCCAAGGAAUCAGCUCAAUCAGGUGAUGGAUACUGAAUUGGGUUCCAGUUGGUCAUCUAAGUUGAUGAGAUUUGACUAUGAGCCAAUGGCUGCUGCAAGUAUAGGACAGGUCCAUCGUGCUGUCACAAAAGAUGGUUUUGAGGUUGCAGUAAAAAUUCAGUAUCCUGGAGUUGCAGAUAGCAUUGAAAGUGACAUUGAGAAUGUUAAAUUGCUAAUAACUUACACAAAUUUGCUACCAGAAAAAAUGUUUCUCGACAAUGCAAUGAAGGUUGCAAAAGAGGAACUUUCUCGCGAGUGUGACUAUGAAUUGGAGGCUAAAAACCAGAAAAAGUUCCGUAGUCUGCUGACCGAUACAAAAGGAUUUUAUGUUCCAUUUGUGGUGGAUGAUUUAUGUAGUAGAAGAGUGCUAACCACAGAACUAGUUCCUGGAGUUCCGAUUGAUAAGGUUGCAUUACUAGACCAAAAGACACGUGAUUACGUUGGGAAGAAGUUGCUUGAGCUCACUUUGAUGGAGCUAUUUAUUUUCAGAUUCAUGCAGGCAUGUUAUCGUGUUAUGGAAUCUCUUUAUCUUAGAACGGAGUCUCAAGUAAUGUUGGAUGCUCAUGUUCAAGCGGGUUUUAUUGUUGGGCUGCCAUUUUCCAAGAGCGGAGGAUAUGAUUUUGGGUCGACCAAUAUCACUCAAAGCAUUUCACACCUUGGGGCUACGAUGCUGAGGCACAGGCUUACCCCCCCACCAGAAGAGGCAUACAGCCUCCAUCGCAAACUUUCCGGUGCUUUCCUUGCUUGCAUCAAACUCCGGGCUGUGGUCCCUUAUAGGGAUAUUCUGCUUCAAGUUUAUGACAAGUAUCAGUUUGGUAGUGUUGGUGUCAGUGCUGACUAA